AGUCGAGAUGCAGAUCUGCUGGUCUGCACAUCGCUUCCCUCUGACUUUGACGGUGUUCUGUUGGUGCGAGUGAGAAAGGGCAACUUUUCCAUCAAGUGCUUGAUUCUCGUGGACAGUUUUCGCGCUUAAUGGAUUUGUCUAUAGGUCAGGACAACCAUUCUAGUGUUCGUAAUCCAGGCCAUAAGCCUUGUCAGCCCUCGGGAGGUCAAUUUUAAGGCUGAUCUGUGUAGGAGUGAGUGGAAUAAUACCCAUAGCAGAUUGUGACAUUGAAAAUAUCGACGGGAAAAAUAUUUCCCCCCUCAGAGUGUGGAGUGUGUGCAAAAGGCUCCAUAGCUGUUCUCUGCUGUUUUAAUUUUCAACCUGGAGCGCCCCAUCGAAAUGGUGUCACGCAUUAUUUGAGCCAUAGGGGGCCAGAGUUUUUGAUGACUCAACAUCAUCCAAUAGUGUUUUGCACUGAGAGUGACGAGAAGAGUCAAAAUCAUCCCCCAACAUCACCAACUUCUCACCUUAAACCAUAUAUAGAAAACUUGAUUCCGUGGAAGUGUGAAAAUGUAAUCUCUCAAUUGAAUUCAGACAAUGCGUAGGAAAAUGGUGUGUACAGUAAAGAUGUUGUGUUGAUCAAAAGGUUCGGUAAUCACAAAAAUAGGUGAUACAUCAUAAAUUGUGUGUGUGGAAAACUCACUGAAAAGUCUCCCAGUGCUGGUGGGAGCGUGUAAAUCAAAGUGUUCAACAAUUCAAUAUUAUUGCCAUGAAGACAAGUAAUUGCCGAGGUGGCCUCCAUCGCCAGAUGCCACGUCAUCGCAAUCGUCACAUAAAUGACGUGCUUGCCGUCCUUACAACCACCCUGUGGGCGACAGCGGCGCUAGUGACGUCAGCUGGGGGCGCGGGUACGACAAAACCAGGUCAGCAAGGCAUGGGACCAGUGACGCAAUGUGCAAUGUCGGAGCAUACAUGCACAAAUGGAAAGUGUGUCCCUCUCAAUAAAUUCUGUGAUAAUAUUAAUGACUGUGGUGACUCCAGCGAUGAGCCCAGAUUCUGUACACCUUGCAAUCGAACGUACUACGGAAAUUUGGGUCUCACGUACGACUUGGAGCUCCAUCGACCCAAAGAGGAUCGAAUACCUUAUAUUUGUGUAUUGACAUUUACAGCCGCCGGUGGGAAACACGGCGACAUUGUUCAGGUGACUCUUGAAAGCUUCACAGUAGGAAAGUUUGUUUCAUACACUCAGAAUGGAUGUCCAGAUGGCUAUCUUCAGAUUGCGGAAGCUUCCCGUCAAGCAGUGGGCGGAAUGUGGUGUGGAUCCUCGUGGGGUCCUCAAGUAUUCUACAGUGAGACACGAUCACUCGUACUCACAGUUAAACUAUUCAGGCUGGCUCGUGACCAAACUGGCUACAACUUCGACUUUCGGAUACAAUUUAAAGUGCUCUCACGUGAAAGUGCCAUUGUUCGCUAUGGUGGUGCCCAAUUUACAGAUGUGAAACCAUGGACAAAUUAUUCAUCAAGCUCAUCAUCAAAUUCAAUAAUAUUGACUGAAUAUGGAAAUUCGACGGCUAAUUAUGAUCCCAUCCGUGGUGGUACCACCUUCUUUUCACCCUCAACCUCAACCGGCAACCCAUUGGGUGGAUAUCGAUUUAAAAUCCCCGACUCUGUACCAGUUGAACCACCCUAUGAGGACAUGCACAUCUUUUACAGCAACAGAACAUCAUCCAUAGGAAAGGCAUCCGGAAAGAGUGGAAGCAAUUCGUCAGAGCCAAAGUACUAUUUAGGAAAACUUAUUCAGGGAACAUACUGUUCCCGGAUCUUUAGUUCUUGUGACAAGAAACUCUGUCGUCUGCAAUCACCGAACUUCCCAGGGGUCUAUCCUCGAAAUUUAACAUGCUAUUACGCCAUAAGACAGCAAGAAGUACCACCAGGAAAGCAUGCAAUGAUCAUUGUACGACAACCCAAAGGAAACCUUAUCUGGAUAUCCACCCAAACUCCAAUAGCUGUUACCAAGAAGAAUGAAAAGGAAAAAUUCGUGCCACAAAUAAAAACCUGGCAGGAAUGCGAUCACGUGCAGGACAGUGACAACCCUAAGUGGAAAUCUACGGAUUACAUCACAAUCUACGAUGGAUACACAACACGAGAUCCUGUUAUUUUAAAAUUCUGUGGAGGAGGUCAGAGUGUUCCUCCGUCCAUAUCGAGUGGUCCUGAACUCCUUGUGGAAUUCACAACAUCACCCUUUGGUACUUUUAUCAACACACCACCCAAUAUGAAUGCUCUCAACGGAUUUCAAUUAGAGAUUGAAGUGAAAUUUGUAGACAUCAAAAGCCCCACUUACGUGGAAAAUAAGAGACUUUGUGAAUUCUGGAUUCGAGGCACCGGUAGAGGGGUUCUUGUGAACCCUCAGCACUCUUUAUCCCCAAACACGACGUGUCUCUAUCAUUUACAGGGAACCGAAUCCACUUUUCGUGGAGGUGGCAGCAUAGAUCAUCACUUUCAAAUCCCUCGACGAGACUCAAUGGCAUCACCACCGAGUCGUUUCAAAGUCUGGCUGUCAAUACUGAAAUUUGAUCUAGCACCAAAAUUUGGAACUUUGGAUGACACGGCAAGUGGAACAGUUCAGGUACAGCAACAGCAAGAGGAGGAUUGUGGUGGAAUGCUUCGUAUUUGGGAUGGUCCACUUAGAGAAUCCCCCAAUUGCAAAGAUGUUAAUUGCGAAAGAGACACAGCUUUGAAGUCUGGAGUACUAACCAAAUAUGGUCAAAACUACACAAACCUAAUAGCUAGAUUUUGUCGUGGAACCGUUCCCAGAAGUUGCGAACACGGACUUUUAAAUGACUCUUCCGCUCGUCCUUGCUUAGUAUCCGAAAGUUUUAUCUCCAGUUCCGAAUUCGUUACCCUUGAAUUGAGAAAUACGGAAUCUACUGCCUUAAGACCAUUAAACUUCAAGCUAAAGUACGAAUUUGUAGAUCUGCAGCAAGAUGGAAUACCAACAGGAUCUGAUACAGAUUGCAAUAGACGUUUUGUCAGUAGUCUGAUGGAUCGACGAGAUCCAGGUGUUUUUCGUAGUGUACGGAAUGUUUUCCUAUUCGGUCGAGGCGGUGCUCGGAGUUUUCGUUGCAUUCAUCGUUUUGAAGCUCAACGUGGGGAACGAGUACGAGUAGUCAUCCGGAGAGUUAUGACUGGCAAUCGAACCUGCGCUUCCCGAAUAGACAACGACAUUAACAGAUCCUAUUGCUUCGGAGACACAUCCGUUAAAUUGGAGAUCUAUGAAAAACCCUGGCAUGACGUUGUAGCCUUCCCUAGAGGUUGCAUUUGCAACUCUACAAACGCUAGCGACUCCUACUUGCCCAUCGUUUACACUUCUACAAGCCGUGAUCUUGAAAUCCGUUUCUCAGCCAUCAACAUGACUAGCUUCGAUGACGCCUCUGUUAUCAACUUCGAGGGUAGUUUCGAAUUCAUCAAAUCCCCUUCUUCAUGCCGGGACAGUCGUCGUAAAUUCGGACCUAGUGGUCAUGUUGAUAUGACCUUCGGGGUCUUAGAAUGUCGUUCGCGACCUUGGCUUAUUGAACCAACAACAGAUCGUUUCCUCUACGUUCAAGUUCAUGGAAUCUUUAUCCGACGCUAUGAUCCGCAGGUUUACCAACACGUUAACACCAGCAUGAAAACCAAAGCAGUAAAGGAGUGUAUUACCAAAGCCCGAGUAAUCCUAACAACAGGCGAAGGUGUUUCUAUAACUGCUUGCCCACUAGGUUCAGACGCUGGUCGUCGACAUACCGUGGAAAUUUUUAGUAGUGGUUGGAACCGAGAUUUCGGCUACUUGGCCACUGAUCCGCCACGCGUGGUUUCUGUUGAGUUCCUAGAAGCCGAAGACGGAGAUUUCUCGUUUUCGUGGUUAGAAAUGUCAAGACGUCCUCCACAAGGACUCAUUGACUGCCAAUAUCGCUGUCCUGAACUAGAAGCUUGUGUCAAUGCCAGUGUUUGGUGUGAUGGCAAAUCAGACUGUCCGUCAGGAUAUGAUGAAUCUUUUACUCACUGUUCCGCCCUACUAAGGCUUCCUGCUGAAAUUCUGGCCACUCUGUCUGUGGUCUUCCUAGUUUUCUUCGGUGCUUUUGCAGCCUACAUUUACAGGAAAAUAAAGAGAAGCUGUAGAGGCAGUUCUGUCCUGCAGACACGCCUGAAAUCCCUGAGUUCCAUGGAUACGGCCGUAUUUGAUGAAAAAGACCAGAUUAGCUGACAAAACGAAAACUCUGUGCGUUACGUGGAGAUCGACAGGGUCACUACAGUUUGACCAAAUAGCGCACAGAAGCAUUUUUUACUAUUCCAAGACAAUGUAAUUCCUAGAAGAGACUUCUUCUACUGUCUCCCACGACUUUCCGUGGUCAUUUAAACCCAAUUUUACCAGAGAGUUUAGUAAGCAAAUAUAAGAGGUAAAUCCAAUCGGCAAGUCUAACUCUUUUUUCUGCAUUUAACACUUUGUUACUCCAAAAAAAAAGGACCAAUUUGAGAGGUAAAACUAAGAGAUCGAUAAGGUCAUUCUCGUUUAAGUAAAAUAUAGAGAAUUAACUUUUAAAAAAAAUCCUCAAUUGCCAUGAACUGAAACGGAAUGAGACAAAGAGUAGAAAAAAAACUGUGAAAAACUGUUUCAAUAGCUAUUACAGCUAAUAACUAUUCUGAAGAAAAAAAAUUAACUUGAAAAGUAUAAGAAGAAAUCUGAAGUAGACUUAAAGUAUUUUAAACAUGUGAUUCUUAGGUACCUGUCAGAGGUCAAACGAAUUUUCAAAAUGCAGAAACUCUCGAUAGUAGAAAACUUAUUUAAAAGACAAAAAAAAAGAAA